AUCAGAGCUACAGUACUCAAAACAAGCAAAAGAGUCGUAUAGCGUUCCGGAAAUCAAUCAAACAUGAGCAUGCUCCCUGUAAAUACGCUUUUUUUUCAGAUGAAAGCAACAGGAAUAAUUUGGAAUAUCAUGCUGGCCCUUAUGACUGUGUUCAUCUUUACUGAAGCUUUACAACUUAAACCUCUAUUUCCACUGGGAUCACCUGGACAAAAGAGGACCACUCGAUCUCCCGCAGAUAUAAUAGGAGAAGCCCUCAAGAGAUACUACUAUUUGCUUGAUCGAGGACUAUUAAAGCAAGCAGAGCCACGGAAGAAAUGAAAGAUGCAUUGCGAUAGCACCAGCACCUUCACCAAGUCUUGCAAUUUCUUCGCUGCUGUGCAUAAACUUUGACGUAGC